AUGGCUCAUGCGUCUCAGGCUGCCAAUCAAGCUCCUGCAAGUUCCACAACUUCUCAUGACAAUACCAAGGCUCCUUGUAAUGCCAAGUGGAGCACCAGUGAUGAUACAGCACUUGUCAACACCCUCAAGACCUAUGCAAGUGGGAAUUCUGCAGAUAAUGGGACUUUCAAGUCUGUAGCAUUCACAGCCACUGCAAAGGCACUCGAGCACAGCCAUGAGGCAAGUGGUGAUGGUAGAAUGGCCAUUGUGACAGCUGCAGCCAAGACAGCAGUAGCAAUUGCUGCUACUUUCUUUUUAUGGUGGUGGGAUAAUGAUCUCAAGGCUUUCAAGGAUUUUCUCUUUUUCUGA